UCGCCCCUCUCCUUCGAACCUCUCUCUUUUAUCUCUGAACAUCCGCCAUGUAUAAUGUAAGGAAAAGAAUUGUAUUCUUGCUAACUUUCUUGGCCAUUUCAGCCAUUGUCUUAGCCCUACACUCCCACAUAACCCAUUUGAAGAAGAGCCCCAAAACCAUAGAUAUCCCCCGCAUACACCUCCACAAACACAUCCAAGUUGCCCAUUCAACAUGCCAAGGUACACUCUACCCAGACCUAUGCGUCUCAACCCUCUCUUCUUUCCCAGAUCUCACCUCCAAAUCUCUCCAACAGAUCAUCUCAGCCACUGUAAACCACACCAUCUACGAGGUCAAAAGCUCCUCCUCCAACUGCACCGGCAUCCGGAAGAAGCUCAAGAAUCUCCUCGACCCCCUUGAAAAGAGAGCUCUCGACGACUGCCUUGAGCUCUUCGACAACACCAUAGCCGAGCUUCGAACAACUAUCUCCGACCUCUUCGCCAUGAGGAAAUCAUCAGCCUCCAAGAAUUACCAUAACCUGCAAACACUGCUGAGCGCCGCAAUGACCAACCAGUACACGUGCCUUGAUGGGUUUGCUUAUUGCAAAGGAAAUGUGAGAGACGAAAUCAAGAACAGCUUGUAUAAUAUCUCUCACCACGUAAGUAACUCUCUGGCCAUACUGAAGAAAGUCCCGGGGAUUAACAGUUCCAAAUCCGAGGUGUACCCCGAGUAUGGAAAAAUGAAAAAUGGGUUCCCAUCUUGGGUUGCGCGGAAAGAUCGGAAACUGUUGCAAUCUUCAGUGAAUGAGACCAAAUAUGACUUGGUGGUGGCUACGGAUGGCACUGGAAAUUUCACAACUAUCGGGGACGCAGUGGCUGCAGCCCCAAACUCGAGCACAACCAGGUUUGUGAUAUACAUAAAGGCGGGUGCAUAUUUUGAGAAUGUGGAGGUAGAGAGGAAGAAGACGAACUUGAUGUUCAUCGGAGAUGGGAUUGGAAAGACGAUUGUGAAAGCGAGUAGGAAUGUGGUGGAUGGGUGGACUACAUUCCGGUCAGCCACCGUAGCUGUGGUGGGGGAUGGAUUCAUAGCCAAGGGUAUCACCUUUGAGAACUCAGCAGGGCCAAGCAAACACCAAGCCGUUGCUCUAAGGAGCAGUGCAGAUCUUUCAGCAUUCUACCAAUGCAGCUUUGUUGCCUACCAAGACAGCCUCUACGUCCAUUCCCUCAGACAGUUUUAUCGCGACUGUGACAUUUAUGGAACAAUCGACUUCAUCUUUGGAAAUGCAGCAGUAGUUUUCCAGAACUGCAACCUCUAUGCUCGCAAACCAAACGAGAACCAAAGAAACAUUUUCACUGCCCAAGGGAGGGAAGACCCUAACCAGAACACUGGGAUCUCCAUCUUAAACUGCAAAGUUACAGCUGCUUCGGAUUUGAUUCCGGUGAAGUCUUCCUUCGAAACUUACCUGGGUCGUCCAUGGAAAGAGUAUUCUAGGACGGUUUUUCUCGAGUCCUACAUUGAUGAUUUGGUUGACCCGGCUGGAUGGCUGGAAUGGAAUGGCACGUUUGCACUGAGCACACUGUAUUAUGGGGAGUAUAUGAACAGAGGUCCGGGCUCAAACACAAGCGCAAGGGUGACAUGGCCUGGUUAUAGGGUCAUCAACAGCUCAACCGAGGCAAGCCAGUUUACAGUAGGAGCAUUUUUGCAAGGAAAUGAGUGGCUGAAUUCUACUGUUAUUCCAUACUAUCUCAAUUUGAGUUAAGGUAGAGAUAUAAUUAAUGCCUCCUCUUAAUUUGUAUUAUUGUCGAUGUUGAUAAGAAGCUAAGCAUUCAGGUGAUGGGUUUAUGUGAAACCCCUUAAUUUGAGUAAGAUUCCAAUGUUGAGCACUGUAGUGAACAAGGAAGGAAUAAAGUUUCAUGUAUUCCAUGGUAGUUGCAUUUUU